AUGGCACCUGGUGGUGGACGAGAUUUUAACUGCACCUGGGAGCAUUGUAAUAAGUCCUUCAAUCGCAAAUCAGAUCUGUGCAGGCACUAUCGGAUACACACCAAUGAGCGACCGUAUCAUUGUACGGUCAAGGACUGCAACAAAAGCUUCAUCCAACGGAGUGCACUGACAGUGCAUUCGCGAACGCAUACCGGAGAGAAGCCUCAUGUCUGUGACCACAGAGGAUGCCACAAGGCUUUUAGUGAUUCAUCGAGUCUUGCUCGUCACCGAAGGAUCCAUACAGGGAAAAGGCCGUAUAUCUGCCAAGAGCCAACGUGCGAACGAGCCUUCUGCCGCAAAACGACCUUGACGAAGCACCAACACCGCUCCCACCCCCCAGGAUCCAUGACCCGACUGCCCUCGGAAGAUGCGGUUUCCGAGCACUCAUAUCAAGGGCCAGUCGCCGUUCCUGUGCCGAAUGAACAGUAUCUCUUAGCCCAGCAACCCUACUACCCUCAUACUCCGACGCCGACUCAUGAGUUUUAUCCCCACCAGAGCCUACACAUAACGCCGGUGCCCAUACAAGAACAGCCACCAAUCGUGACUCAGCACAUCCCUGUCACGUCACCGGUUGACGUACAGCGUGCUCAGCAACACUACAUGCAGCUUGUGCAGCAACAGCAGCAGCAGCAGCAGCAACGAUACGAUCCUGGCCGUCAGGGAUAUCUGCCACCGGAGUUCCAGCAACCAUACCAUACCCUACCCACAGCGGAAGGCCCACCGCUGAUGGUGACCAGCACUCACAGUGACUACAAGCCGCCGGCCCGCAUCCUGAACCAGCCCGAGGGAACGGACUGGGGCUUCCUGGGUGUUGGCUAA